CGGCGGUGUCAAGAGCAACAUGGAAAGCAAACAUGUUACAAUAUAGGCAUUUAUUGUAAAGGGAUUUAUCAUUUACUUGAUAACAUUAUCUUGGUCUGUCCUUACUCAUUUCCAAACCGGACAUCGCGUUUGGUUCCUGUCCUACUAGGAAAUGUGAGGCCCCAUAGGGAGUUAUUGUCUUCAAUUGGCUUUCACCAAACAAACUGUACAGCUCUUGAAGAACUCGGUACUCGACUAGCUCACACUGACUGAGAGAUUUUUAAUAUGGUUGCGAUGUCGCCAGCAUCAACACUUUUCACUUCAGCGUCUAAUUUUUCGUCGAACGCAACGACGAGCACUCCGUCGGCUGCCCCAUUUGAAGUCAAUCCCAGUUUGGGACUUGUUGUGGAGGUCGUGAUUAUACUCCUGAUCUGUGGACAUUUUUUUAUCAUCACAACACUCGGUCUAUACAAACCGUGGAAUAUCGCCGACUUGCUGUUAUUUUCGCUCUCGGUGGCCGAUGCCGUAAACGCGGCGAUCCCACUUCAGAUGUUAAACUUAUUGAAUAACUUUAUCGGACCGCAUUUAUGGACUCGAGCGUCCUGCGCCGUGUUUGUUAUAUUGACCUACACAUUCCGUAUUGCCUCUGUGUGCACAAUAACUCUGAUAUCAGGCGAUCGAGCGAUUCUGUUGACGCGCCCACUACAGCAUCAUAUCAUUGUUACAACAGGGCGGGCGAGGCUGGCUGUCGUCGCGAUUUGGCUGUUUUCUAUUUUCAUGUCGAUAUUGCCUUUUAUUGGGGUUGGAAAACCAGGCUAUCGGGACGGCUUCUGCUUUUAUCAAUUGUUUGAUUUUGGAGUGGCGUAUGGCUAUAUCAUCGAAAGUAUUGGUAUCCUCCAGCUAAUUAUUGUAUUGGUCUGCUUCAUUGCAAUCAAGUUAUCAAGCUGGAAGUUUGUGAAGCGCCAGUCAACGAUGGCAGCCGCUAGACAAACUGGCGGGAAAAGUCAGCAAGCGCGGGAAACGGCUGGCACACGGCAAGUGAAGCAGAUGUCAACCAUGACGGCGAUCGUGGUGAUGCUGUACUACAUCAGUUGGUUGCCUUAUUUGGUGAGUCUACCGUGCGUGUGUGCGAGUUUUUUGCGUUUGGCAGUGCGCGUUUUCGUUCGGAAAAGUAAAACAACCGGGUCGCAAUUGAUUUCCUAACUUACGACGCCAAAAUAUGUUGAAAAGCGUUGAAAACAUCCAAAAACAUUUGACUAAAAUCUAGUCUGACAUUUUGAAAGCCUUCUCUUUUGUUUUCGCACAUUAUUGAAUAUUUUCGUGUUAAUUUCAGCGGUUAGGCCAUUUAAUAAAGCUAUGCACACAAAAUAGACAUUUCUUUUUCUCGAGAUGAUUACUUUUUCAUCGAUAAAAUUAGUUCACCUGAACAAUAUUUAGAAAGAAAUUUGCUUGUAUAUGUUCAGUUUUAUUCCCUUGUUUAUCGUUUUUACGCUAUUUCAUCAACAAUAGAGGGGAUUAUGACUUUUAAUGCAUUACUGAAACAUUAGUAAUCGAUACCUGUAAUUAUACCACCUUUUAGUCAAUGCUUGUGAUUGAAUUGCAGUUUAAUCUUCUCUAAUUUAUGUAUUUUUCAAAACUUUGCAUAUACUUCACUUAGUAAACCGACGAGUGAAAGAAAUGAUAUUUCUCGGGAUUACUAUUGAUAUGCACGACGAAGACAGCACAAUUUUGCAGAAUUGAAGUUUAUAUCUUGGAAUUUAAACUGAACAAACACAACUCCAGUUCAGUUAUCCAAUUAUUCAAGAUAAUAAUAUACCUCUUUAUCCAUAGUAUUCUGCAUGAAAUAAUUUAACUUCCAUCCGCUAACAAAUAUUUGCAUUUCCCAGGACAACCCGUCACCGCUCAGUCGUCCAUCUUGAAUUCUCUUGAUUUCGGUAGUUCAUGUUCUUAAACACACUGCGUUGUUUUAAAUACUACCUCAAGCAGGUUUAUCCAGACCCUUCUUUCUCUCAGCCAUUGUCAGUAUACUUCAUAAGACAAUACAAGGAUUAUCAAGCUUGAGCUCUCUCUAUCUCUUGCAGUAUAUUAAAUUUAUUUGCACUUCUGGACUUUUUUUUCGGUCUAUUUGACCCAAACUGAUCACCAGAAAAUGCACAGCUCAAGAGCCUCCCUUUUCUGCCGAACUUUUUAGCGCUUAAAACUUGCAAACAGCGUAAUAUAGUAUUACUUAACGGCCGAAUUCAAUUCCGUUUACACCUUAUGGAAAAGAUCUGAUAAACAAUUAGCUACACGCGAGCAAAGUCGAGAGUCUUCUUGUAACUAAAAAACACCGACAACUGAUUCCUCCAAAGAUUGUUAACUCAGCGACAGAGCAUAUUUUCCAAACAAUGUUUUUCACUGUUUAAUAAAAAUUAACUGGCUAACACGGUUCAAUCUAUAUUCCGACAUCAUUUUAGGUGAAAUGUUUGCUUAAAUUGUGGCAUAUGUCUUGAAAGAACUGAGUUGAAAACCAAUAAGCGUUUACCGAUUGCCUCAUUGAAAGGGUUCUCAUUCAAACUGAAGCAACAAAUGUCUGUUAUGCAAUUAAACACGUCUCUUCGUGAUCACGUAGUUGCACUGAUAGCGUCAGAAUACUGACUUUCUAAUAAUUACUCUAUCUGGAUUUUUCUCUCACCGUGGCAACCGUAGAUUGACGAAACUGAUUCAGUGCAGACCUAGUGCUUGCAAGGAAUUUCCUUUUCGAUUCAGCGUCCUGGCAUCCCAGAGGAUGGCGUGCG